AUGGAGGCCGUGCCGGAAGAGAAGUGCCCCCUGGUGGCGGAGCUGGUGCAGGUGCUGGAGAUGGCGAGGCAGCUCGAGACGCACAUGGCGGCGGUCCAGCAGCAGCAGCAGCAGCAGGGGGCGGCGGUGCCGGAGGAGGGGACCAGCGGUGCCGGGCGCUCGGCCGUGCACAUGGCCGUGUCCUGCUGCGCCGAGGGGCGUCCGGGAGCCGGCGCCGGGCAGCCGGUGUCGCCGCCGUCUGGUGGGGAUGGCAGCCCGCGCAGCGGCGGGUCGGACCAGGUCGGCGAGUUCCGGGGCCGCGGCAAUGCGGCCGGCCAGUGCAAGAAGAGGAAGACGCUGCCCAAGUGGAGCACCCAGGUGAGGGUGAGCGCCGUGCAGGACGUGAGCCCCCUCGACGACGGCCUCAGCUGGAGGAAGUACGGGCAGAAGGACAUCCUCGGAGCCAAGUACCCAAGAUCCUACUUCCGGUGCACGCACAGGCACACGCAGAGCUGCCAGGCGAGCAAGCAGGUGCAGCGCACGGACGGCGACCCGCUGCUCUUCGACGUCGUGUACCACGGCGCCCACACGUGCGCCCAGGGCGCCGCCGCGCACCCCAGCAACCAGCCGGCCACGGAGCAGACGACCUCCCCGGGGCUCGAAGCAGGGCCCGCCGUGCUGCCGUUCUCGCUCAGGCCGGCCUCCAACAAGCCGGCGGGCGCCGACGACGCCGGCGUCGGCGCGACGAGCAGCCAUUUCAUCGAGACCGGCUGUACUGUCACCGCGUCUCCUUUCGUGUCGCCGGCGACGCCAGAGAACCAGCUGGUUAGCAGCGGCGGCGGCGGCUACUCGGUGGGCGGUGGCACCGGCGUGACCAUGGCCGGUGUCUGGAACGUGCCUGACGUGGAGCACGCCUCCACGACCAACUCCCCUAUGGCUAUGGGGGAGAUGGAUUUCAUGUUCCCGCUGGACGCCGCCGAUUUCUUGGAGCUGGGGAACCCGGCCAGCUAUUUUUAA